AUGGGUGAGCAUAAAAGGCAAGGUUACCAUAUGUUGGCCCUGAAGGUGAAUGAACAAAUGGGCACAAAGAAGAAGUAUUCUUUGGGGCACAAAGCUUCAAAUCCCAGAGUCCUGGGGUUUUGGGUCAUGUUAAUCCUGUUUGUGAGCUCCUGCGUGUACGAGCACAUGGACGAGGAGCAGAGAGAGAAGAGGAAAGAAGUUCUUGUUAGCAUGUGUGAGCAGAGGGCAAGAAUGCUGCAGGACCAAUUUAGUGUCAGCAUUAACCAUGUUCACGCACUAGCCAUUCUUGUCUCUACCUUCCAUUUCUACAAGAACCCCUCUGCAAUUGACCAGGAAACUUUUGCUGAAUACACGGCGAGAACUGCUUUCGAGAGACCACUGUUGAGUGGUGUGGCGUACGCGCAGAGGAUUCUUCUUUCGGAGAGGGAGGAGUUCGAGAGGCAGCACGGCUGGACCAUUAGGACAAUGGAGAAAGAGCCUUCGCCUGUUAGGGACGAGUAUGCUCCAGUGAUAUUCUUGCAAGAAACCGUGUCCUACAUUGGGUCACUUGAUGUGAUGUCAGGGGAGGAGGAUCGUGAGAACAUACUGAGGGCCCGGGCAACGGGUAAAGCAGUUCUUACUAGUCCAUUCAGGCUGCUAAACUCUCAUUUAGGGGUCGUUUUGACUUUUCCGGUCUACAAAUCCAAGUUGCCACCGAAUCCAACUGUGGAAGAGAGAAUUGAACUAACAGCAGGGUACCUCGGUGGAGCCUUUGACGUUGAAUCCCUUAUCGAGAAUCUACUGGGACAACUUGCAGGGAACCAGGCUAUAGUUGUCAAUGUAUAUGAUGCUACCAACUCAUCUGACCUGUUGAUCAUGUAUGGGCACCACCCUCAACAUGGUGACAUGUCACUCAAGCAUGCGAGCAAGCUCGACUUUGGUGACCCUUUUCGUAAACACGAGAUGAUUUGUCGGUAUCUCCAAGAGGCUCCCACAUCAUGGCAUGCACUUCAAACUGCUGCCCUCGUUUUUAUGAUUGGCUUCUUGGUCGGAUAUAUGGCAUAUAGUGCACUAAACCACAUUGUCAAAGUCGAAGAUGAUUUCAAUAAGAUGCAAGAACUCAAAGUUCAAGCCGAAGCUGCUGAUGUUGCCAAAUCUCAGUUUUUAGCCACUGUCUCUCAUGAAAUACGAACUCCUAUGAACGGGAUAUUAGGGAUGCUACAAUUGCUGUUAGAUACAGAACUUAGUUCAACACAAAGGGACUUUGCUCAAACGGCUCAGGGUUGUGGUGAAGCACUGAUAACCUUGAUAAAUGAGGUGCUUGAUCGUGCAAAGAUUGAAGCCGGAAAGCUAGAGCUUGAAGUUGUCCCGUUUGACCUGAGGUCAAUUCUUGACGAUGUCCUCUCCUUGUUUUCCGAGAAAUCUAGGCAAAAGGGCAUCGAGUUGGCUGUUUUUGUCUCAGAUAAAGUGCCCGAAAUCGUGUUGGGGGAUCCAGGAAGAUUCAGGCAGGUCAUCAUCAAUCUUGUUGGGAACUCAGUAAAAUUUACUGAGGAAGGACAUAUAUUUGUCCAAGUCCACCUGAGCGAGCAAUCGAAACCCACGAAAGAUGCAAAACUCGAGAACCUCUCGAAUGGAGAAGCUGAAGCCACACCAAAAUCCUACUCCCGGCCAUUCAACACACUUAGUGGCAAACAAGCAGCCGAUAACCGGAGCAGCUGGGAAAUCUUGAGGCAGUUGGACGAGGAGUUGUUAUACGAUCCUUGGGGCAACGCAGCAAAUGUCAAUAACCCCAAAAGUGAGAGUGUGUCCUUGACGGUGUGUGUGGAGGACACGGGGAUUGGCAUACCCGAGCAGGCACAAAAACGGGUGUUCACGCCUUUCAUGCAGGCUGACAGCUCGACUUCCAGAAACUACGGAGGAACUGGAAUUGGGUUGAGCAUAAGUAAGUGCCUCGUGGAGCUGAUGGGGGGCCAGAUGAGGUUCAUUAGCCGCCCUCAGGUCGGGAGCACAUUCUCGUUCACGGUGGAGUUCCAGAGUUUUGAGAAAAGUGAGGUUAAUAAUUGUGUGAGUAAAACUGUUUCGAAUGAGCUGAAUGUUGCCCUGAAAGGGCUGAGAGCAGUUGUUGUUGAUGGAAAUCCUGUUAGGGCUGCUGUUACUAGGUACCACCUAAGGAGGCUUGGGAUUCAGGCAGAGGCCGUCUGUAGCAUCCGGGCAGGCAGUGAAAAGGUAGCAGACAUGUUUCUUGUGGAGAAAGACACAUGGAUAGAAGAAAACGUGCCUACCAGUGUGCCAAAAAUGAUACUCCUUGCAACCAAUAUUACAGCAGCAGAGUCAGAACGAGCCAAGGCCGCUGGGUUUGCGGAGACAGUGGUAAUGAAACCGUUGCGGUCGAGAAUGGUAGCAGCGUGCCUGCAGCAGGUGCUCGGAAUAGGUCAGAAAUGCCAGCAUGGGAGGACCGGUGGACUUGGGAGACUUCUGAGUGGGAAGAAGAUACUUGUUGUGGAUGACAAUAUGGUGAACCGGAGAGUAGCGGCCGGUGCUCUCAACAAGUUUGGAGCCGAGGUGAGGUGCGUGGAGAGUGGCCACGAGGCGCUUGCCUUCCUCCAGAUACCACAUGAUUUUGAUGCUUGCUUUAUGGAUAUUCAGAUGCCCGAGAUGGACGGUUUCGAGGCAACUCGUCUCAUAAGGGAGAUGGAGAUGAAAGCGAAGAUGCAGAAGAAUGGGGAGUGGCAUAUACCAAUUCUUGCAAUGACAGCUGACGUCAUACACGCCACUCUGGACAAGUGCCUGAAAUGCGGCAUGGACGGGUACGUGUCCAAACCAUUCCAGGAGAAAACCCUCUAUCAAGCUGUAGCCAAAUUCUUCUCAUCUCACAAUAAAAUAAAUGCCAACCCGAUGGAUUGGCCUUGA